AUGGAGAUCAAGAUACAAGCUGAGGAAUCCCGGCACUGGCCUGAGGAUGAACAAAAACUUCCCCUCUUGCAAGAUAUGCCAAAGUCCAUAACAGAGGAGGAAAGAACCUUGAUACAGAAAGCCAUUCGCCAGACGUUUCAAAGCACAGCUCAUUUGGCCAAUCUUUUACCAACCGGAACAGUUCUUGCAUUUCAGCUUCUAGCACCCAUAUUUUCAAACCAAGGCAACUGUGACUCAGUCAGCCGGUCCAUGACUGCUGGUCUUGUAGCCCUCUGUGGAGCUUCAUGUUUUCUACUGAGCUUCACUGACAGCUAUAGAGACAAGAAUGGAAAUGUCUGUUAUGGCUUUGCUACAUUCCGAGGCUUAUGGAUCAUCGAUGGGUCAACCACCCUUUCACCCGAAGUUGAUGCAAAUUUCCAACUGCGGUUUAUAGAUUUCCUCCAUGCCUUUAUGUCAAUACUUGUAUUUGCAGCUGUUGCACUAUUUGAUCAGAAUGUAGUGAAUUGCUUCUAUCCAACCCCGUCGGAUAAGGCACAGGAGAUUCUCACAGCAUUGCCAGUUGGCAUUGGUGUCAUUUGCAGUAUGUUGUUUGUUGUGUUUCCAACCAAGCGCCACGGAAUUGGCUUCCCCCUGUCUGUAAAUUAA